AUGAUUUUAGGGGUAAGGAAGGAAGUAGCGGUAAGGGAGACAGAAGGGGAAGAAGAAAUAGAGGGAGUGAUAGUGGGGAGGAUAAGGGGCGAUAAGAAGAUAAUUAGAGUGGUAGGAGUAUAUGUAAAUGGAGAUAUGGAGAGAAAGCUGGAUAAGUUAGAGAAUUGGAUGGUACAAAAAGAAGAAGGAAUUGGAACAAUAAUUGGAGGGGAUUUUAAUGCAAGGACGGGGGAGGAAGGAGGAAAGGAGAGCAUUGAGGGGACGGAUGGGUGGGAGUUUAGGAGAAGAUCAAGGGAUAAGAAGUUGAAUAAGGAAGGAAGGAGGCUGACCCAAUUUAUCAAGGAAAGAGGAUGGUUUAUUCUAAACGGAGGAAUAAGAGGAGACAAUGAAGGGAACUGGACAUACACAGGAGGAAGAGGAGAGUCAGUGAUUGAUUACGUUAUGGUAGAGGAAGAUAUAGAAGAGGAGAUAGAGAGAAUGGAAGUAGUAAAUAGAAUAGAAUCAGACCAUCACCCGGUGGUGGUAUGGCUAAAAGGAGAUAGGAGAGGGCGGAAAGGAGGAAGGAGAGAAAGAGGAAGAGAAGUAAGAGGAGUAUGGGAUGAGGAGGGAAGAGAAGAUUUCAAGAAUAAGCUAGGAGAAAUAGGAAUAGGAGAGAGAAGGGUGGAUGAAGAAAUAGAGGAAGCAGAGGAGAAAAUAAGAGAUGCAUUAAAGAAGGUAGAAAAGGAAAGAGGGGCAGGAGGAAGGGAAAGGAAAGGAUGGUGGGACGAAGAAUGUAGGAGCAUGAAGAGAGAGACAAGGAGAGUGUUAAAAAGAUGGUGGAAGGGAGUAGAAGAAAAACGGAAUUAUAGAGAAAAAAGAAAGGAGUACAUGAGGCUUUGUGAACAAAAAAAAGAGGAAGAGAACAAGAGGGUGGAAAAGGAGGCGGAAGAGGCGCGGACAGAGGAGCAA